AAACAACCAAUACAAAUCAUGUAAGAUCAUCAUACAUCAAUGAGCUUAACAAAUUAAAACAUUCUUCAUUAUUGUUUUGCUUUUCCCAUCUGAUUCGUCAAGAGUUUGUGCUGUAAGUCGAAAGUAGUGGAUACAUAUUUUUUUCGUUGUACGUUUUACUUGUUUUAUGCAAAGUACCUAAUUAAUUAUUUGCAAUUGUUUUUGAACAUAAUUUUAAUGCUGUACAAUUGAAAUUAUAGAUGAUACUUUUUUUUCACUGAAAUUUCUCGAUAGAGAGUUUAGUUGGUCUAUUAUGUUCAUUGUGUCAUCAUUUGUGUGAGCUUCAGUGAGAGUGUUCAGUCUGAGUGAUACGGUGCCGUGGAUUAAUGGAGGUUGAUUACUACGUGUUUUUGUGAUAACCGUGCAUGUGAUUCAUCGCGCCCAUAUAAUAUAUAAUAUAUUGACGUAAAUGUCUGGUUGGAAAGUGUCAUAGUAAAUAGUGUGUAUCAUCGAUUUGCAGAGGUGGCGAAAACACCAUUACCUGGACUUUGAUUGUUUUUUUUUUAAUUUGCUUUUGAUUUUAAAACUACGUGCAAAUUUUGAAUCGAUUGGAGAUGUGGAGCCCAACACAUAUUCAAGUCACAGUUCUGAAUGCCAAAGGAGUGUUGACGAAAGGCAAAAAUGGCACGAACAACUGUUUCGUCACAAUUGCAUUGGGGAAAGAAAAGUACCAAACAUCGAUCAAAGAAAAAGCAACACAAAACGUUGAAUGGCGAGAAGAGUGCGAAUUAACAAUUCCGGAGCGUGGUAACCGUGCAGAGUUGAUUUUAACAUGUUUGCAUCGGAAUAAUUUGGGCAUGGAUGAGUUCCUGGGCCAAGUUACACUACCACUCAAUGAGAUGGAUGCUUAUGAACGACCACGAGCACGUUGGUACAAAUUACAAAGCAAACCGGGAAAAGAGAAGAAGCACAAGGACCGCGGUGAAUUGGAAGCGCGAGUUGCAUUCACCGUUAAGGCUGGGUCAUUGACCGACUUAAGCAAAAAGGAAAAGAACAAAUCGUCAACUCUAGGAUUGGGCGGUAGUUUGUUAAGUUUAAAUACACUGGAGAAGCGGAAGAGUUUGAAAAAAUUCGCUAAAUCGAUUGGCUCGAAAAUGCACAUCACUGGCAAGAAGAAAGACAAGGACACCGAUUCCAUUUCAAGCAGCAUAUCGAGUCUGAGUAUGACGGGAAGUAAUCGAUUUGAUGAUAGACGCUUCGAAGGUACUCAAGCGCGUGGCGAUGCCGAUCCAGGUGUUAUUAGCGAAGAUGAAGACGAGUUUGCUUUUGAUAAUCUAUCGAAUAAAAGUUCAGCUAGUUCAAUCAAUUUGAAAUCAAAGACACUACAAAGCACACCAUUAGCUCCAUCGCCACUCGUUCGGCAAUCAUAUUCAUUUGCAAACGUAAAUACGGCCGUCGAAGACGAGCCACCAAAAAUCACUGAAACACCACAAAAACCAGAGGUUCCAAAACGACAAUCGCUUGCAGUUGAUGAAUGGGAAGCAAAAUUAUAUGGCAAAAAUGUGGGCGCCAUGUCAGACUCGCUGAAACGUAGAUCAUGGGAACCGCAAAAACGCGUCGAACAGUCAAAUCCAUUUGAAGAAGAUCAACAAGAAGCCAAACAACAAGCACCGCACUCGAAUCCAUUUGAUGAAGAAGUUCGAAGCAAUCCAUUUGAAGAAACAUCACAUGACGAUAUUAUUGAAAAUGUAGCGGAUAAAAUGCCGGAAAAUACAUACGAAUUAUCGUCGACUUUGCCACGCGAAACAGCACACAAGGAAAAGAAAGAAAAAUCAGAAAAACGUUUCGCCAACAAAUUAAAAUACUUCCGAAAAGACAAGCAUAAUGAUACUGAUGACAGCCAUUCGAACAAAAACACACCAAAUCAACAACAACGCCAAUUCAGCGAGCGAAUUAUCAUUGGGCACGAAAAUGACAUUCUUGGUCAUAAAUCCGUUGAAGUGCCGCCGGUAUUGAUGAAAAAGUAUGAGGGGAAAUCAAGAGAAGAAAUGAUUUUACUAGCAAAUACUUUGGAAAACGAGGUAAAACUACAAAAAAACAAAAUGAAAGAGAUGGAAGACUAUCUAGAUAAUUUGUUGUUACGUGUCAUGGAAACGCAUCCGAAAAUUUUACAAAAUCCAUACCGCACGCAAUCAUCAGUCAAAAGUGGUUGAAGAGUCAUCAAUAGUAGAAAAAUGUCGAACAAAAAUUUCCCGAUUACACAUUUAUCCUCGUGGAAUAGAUGCCGACAGGAACAAGAUUGCAUGGAAUUAUCGAACUAAUUUUUACACAUUUGUUUUAAUCCGAGUGGCCUUUUCACUAUGAAAUUAAUUGUUGAAUUUUGCUAUUUUAUAAUGUUAUUAGCUAGCUGUGGAAUAAACUAAAAUCACUGAACUAAUUUUUCUGAAAUUCGAACAAAUCAACGGAAUCAAAAUCACCAUUCACUAUGAAGUUGCCUUAAUAUUUUGGAUUAAAACUACGAUUGAACAAAAUCAAUACUAUUCGAGAAAUAAUAAUAUAUUUUUUAGAAAAAUCCCCUCUUUAGCCCAAUUCUUAUGUAUGUAGAUAUUUCGUAAUUUAUUAAAAAGAGAACUCCACAUUGUGCAUUCGGUUUUAUUUAUCGAUAUUAAUCUCUUGGUUAUAAGCAAACAUAUUAUGAACAUAUCUAAUCAUUACUUUUUUAUUUGUAUCAUAUCUCUAAGAGCUUCGAACGAACGGUGAAGAAUAGAACAACAUGAGACAAAGGAAAAUUCACAUUCCAUUUCAAAUAAAUUUACUAAAUUAUUUGAAGUUAAUUUUAUGGGCAUAUUUUGAAAUAAAGGAUUUUUUCCACGAA